UUCCUAAAACAAAACACUUCACCACUACCUUCUCUCUCUCAUCUCUCCCUGUCUCCCUCAAAUUUGAUCAACAAAACACACAAACAAAAACUAAAGACAAAAUUUCAUGCCCCUUCCCUCAAAAGCUUCCAUUGUUUCAUGAUUGUUUAUGUGUGGGUGUGUGUGUUUUGGAUUUUGGGGUUUGUGAGGUGUCUUAUGUGAUUGAUCAAGCCUUAGGUUAUAAUUUUGGUUGUUUCGAUAUGGAGGUGAUCCAUCUCAGGCACUGAGGUGGAUGAGGAAGGUUCAUUUGUGUCUUACCUUUUAAUCAGGAAGAUUAAACGCUUUUUUCAUAAAAUAAAUAUAGGGAGCAGACACCAUAUAUGGAUAGAUUUUCUGGAAAAAGGACUGUUGGUGGACUUUGUGUACCUAAGAAAACUUCCAGCCUGGUUUUGGCGGAUGCAGCUGACAACAAGGAUAGAGAAGCUCAAUUCUGCAAUAGACUUGGAUGCAGUGGCAGGCUUAAUUACACCAAAGCUGCCCAAAUUGGAAGCACUAGUAAGUCUAAAUCUUGGAGGCCUUCUACUCGUUUGGCAACUGGUAAGGAAACAGGUGGAAGUUCUUCUAGUACUCCCGCUGUUGUAAGCAAAGCAAAAAUUAGAUAUCCAGAUUCUCGCAGGAAGUUGCCUUCGAAACUAGAAACAGAAACAUCAGAAAGUAGCAGUACUCAGGGUGAUAUUGAGGAAUUUAUUGUUGCACCAAAAGAUAACACAAGAAGAUUUCAGUUAGAACCGAUACAAGUUGAGUCUGGGAAAGUUGCAUCUGUUAAAGUGGGGAGCUCUACUAUGAUAUCAAAAGCCAGAAACCAGUAUACUUACGGCAAAAGACCUGGGCUGGCCAAUCAAGAGGCUCUAGUUAGCUCCUCCAGUUCUUCAUCCGAGACCAAUGGCCAAAGGCUGAGGGGAUCUGAUACAAGUAGUCGUCAUGGAUUGAGGAAGCUACGCACGUCGAUAUCAGACGCCCUUCGCCCAGGUUGUUCAUUGUCAGAAUCAAACAAUAGCAAGAGGAGGGAAAUCGUGAAGAAAAAUUCUGAAGGAGAAAGUAGCUACUCUGGUGCAGGGAAGAAGAAGACGAGUGGACAACCUUCGGACAACGGACCUAUCUCUAUCUCCACCAAUGAAUUCACUUUUCCAGAUUCCAGAAGAAUCAGAAAUUGGCCUAGCAGGGAAAACAGUGUUACAUCAGUGCGGCCUCGGAGACUAACUAACAUUAACAUUAGAAAUCAGAUGAAUGGAAGCACUCUGCCAUCUGCUGAAUCCUCUGAUAUGCCACAGUCAGAAAGAAAUAUUCCUGUUAAUGCAAAUUCAUUACAUGAAGAAGCUUUCUCAGGUAGGUCAAGUAUCCACAGUCAUCCUAAUGGUGCUAAUUAUGCUGACCAUAUGACAACCAUGACAUCGACAGAUCUUGGCAUUGAUAGUUUGGUGAACAGUGAUGGCUCACGACCAUAUAACAUGGAUGGUAUUGCCGAGGUGCUAUUAGCUCUAGAAAGGAUUGAACAAGAUGAAGAACUCACAUAUGAGCAAUUACUUGCUUUGGAAACAAAUUUAUUCAUUGGUGGCCUUGGCUUUUAUGACCGGCACAGAGACAUGAGACUGGAUAUUGAGAAUAUGUCGUAUGAGGAAUUACUAGCUCUGGAGGAGAAGAUGGGUAAUGUUAGCACAGCACUCUCAGAAGAAGCAUUAUUGAAAAGUGUUAUAGUAAGUACCUAUCAGCGUAUAUCUACAGAAGAAGAGGAAGAGGAAGCAGCAAGCAGCGUCAAAGCAGAAGACACUAAGUGCAGUAUUUGUCAGGAAGAGUAUAUGACAGGAGACGAAGUCGGGAAGAUUGGUUGUGAACAUGGCUAUCAUAUUGGAUGCUUAAAACAGUGGUUGCAACUGAAGAACUGGUGCCCUAUCUGCAAGGCUUCAGUAGAGCCAACUAAAACAUCUUAGCUCCCUAAUUGAUGAAAAAAAAUGAAAUCAAGUAUGGUGCUGAUGAUUACAUGGCUUUCUUCUGUAUAUACUAUGUUUGCUGGGUCACUUUUCUUCAUCUUUUUCAUUCAGUAUACUGUCUCAUGUAAAUACUUUGUGGUUUCAAUCAGCCAAUAAACCCAGGCUUGAAGCUUUGUGGUGAAAGAAUAUCCAUUCAGUUUCGUCGUGCAAGUGUUAAAAAUGAUAACAAUAAUAAUAAUAUACCCUUUACCUCA